AUGGUAACUAACGGAUACAAAUGGGGAAUAUGGGACGCAGGCGACGACACAUACCCGCCGUCACCGCCAAAAUCGUAUCCGUCUCUGGUAACAAACAGCAGCAAGGUGAUGUCAUGCUUCAGUGAUUUCCCCUUCUCCAAGGAGACCACGCCCUUCAUGACCCCCAAAAUGAUGCACGACUACCUCGUCAGCUACGUUGACCACUUCAAACUCCAGAAAUACAUCCAAUUUAAGGCGGAAAUUCGCCAGGUCUCGAAGGCGCGAGAUUACGACGAGACCGGAAACUGGGAACUCGCUAUUGAUGACGGCAACGGAGGGAAACCUCGUGUGGAAGUUUUUAAUGCAGUCGUGAUUUGCUCGGGGUAUUUUCGGAAGGCUCGGUAUCCAGAUAUAGAAGGGGUUGGACGUUUCCAAGGAAAGAUCGAACAUGCUAUGGAUUUCCGAACAGGAGAAGUGUAUAAGGACAAGCAUGUGGUUGUUGUGGGCAAUUCGUUCUCUGCUGGGGACAUUUCGUCUGCUGCUGCAGUAUAUGCAAAUCAGGUACAUCUUAGUGUUGGACCGGGUUGUAUUGUUUACCGGAGAUUUGACAAGAAUGGCUGGCCGUGGGAUAUGCAGGUGAUUCGGCGAGUUUACAGUUGGUCGUGGACGUUCGGACUUCUUCGGAAAGUAGUACGCGACAUAACGAAUCUGUCUGUGAAUCACGACGAAGUUGGCAUUCACUCUGAGAAAGAGUUUCCGGAUUGCUCCUUCAUGCUUAGUGAUGACAUUGGUAACAUGAUCAUGACGGGCAAGGUGAAGGUCGUGGGAAGAGUCGUCAAGAUGGCGGAGAGAAGUGUUCACAUCGAUGACGGGACGGUGGUGGAUGACGUAGACGUCGUGGUGUUUGCUACUGGAUACGAUCGACAUCUUCCUUUCCUCGACAACAGAUUGGUCGAUUCGGCUCAGGCUAUACAGGAACAGAAAAAUGAAUGGUACAAGUCGAUAUUUCCUUUAUAUCUACGACAUCCCACUUUGGCAAUGGUCGGCAUGGUAACUGGAGACGGAUCUGACCUUCCUAUCUAUGAGUUGCAGUCUCGACUUGCCGCCAGGGUGCUCUGUAGUAAACUCAAACUUCCGGCGAAGAACACCAUGCGCAAAGACAUAGACCGGUGGAACUCAUACUUCAAGUCCAAGUUUUCUUACUACAAGCAACAGGUUCCGUAUCUUGCAUACAUUGACGAAUUAGCAGCCGAGUUGGGCGUUAAACCCUCCUUCUGGCGGUUGGUCUGGCGACACCCACGACUUGCGUACUUGAGCAUUUUUGGCCCCGCAUCCCCGGUACAGUACAGACUACUUGGACCCCACAGCAAUGCCGAGGCUGUCAGUCACUGCAGCGCCAUCUACGAGAACACGUUUUCUGGUGUCAGACACAGAAGAGUUCCACCACGAAAACCCGUGACCUUGUUACCCCUUCCCAUCAAUAUUCUGAUCCAUGCUCUUUUCGUAUUUGCUCUGUGUUAUGUUUGGCAGACAUAUUUCUCGUAGGUAUCAUUAUAUCAAAUGAUAUCCGGCAUGGUCAAAGGUCGGAGUGCACCUGACUUUUCAUAGGCUUACGGGGUCCCUAUUGUGUAGAGGUGGGGGGUGGGGGGGGGGGGGGGAGCAGGAGGAUUUUUGGCCCGAAUAAACGGAAAUGCCUGAAUUUGGACAACCAAUUCACAUUAGCAUUACUGUCAAAGAGCUAUGUAGGAUGCAAAUGAAUGAAUGAAUGUUUAACGACACUCCAGCACGAAAAAUACAUCGGCUAUUGGGUGUCAAACUAUGGUAAUGCAAACAAAUAA